AGAACAAAAAGUUGAUGUUCUCAGUUUUGGUAUUACCCCUCUUACUCAAUUGUUUAGCAUUCUUGUUUAACGUCUUUGUCAUCGAACCAGAGGUCAUGAACGUGGUCGCCGAAUCCAGUUUGUUGCCAACGUUAGAUCCAAGCACCCCGGAAUAUGCAGCCUGUCUUAUGAAAAUCUUUGCAGACGUUCGCCAAUAUGUGGGUUCUUCAUACAUCCUCAUGGCCGUCUCCUCCAUCAUCAACAUCUUUUCUGUUAUAGUCAUGGUCCACGCAUCGGCUCUUACUCUUAAAGAUGAAAACAUCAAGAUCAAAGAUUUUACUGUUCUGAGCCUUAAAUCUUGGAAGGGACCUCUUGUUACGUAUUUCUACAUCGCUCUCUUCAGUCUUGGCUAUUGGUUACUCUUUUUUCUAGUCCUUUGUCCUAUCCUUUUAUCCUCCUCUAUGAGAAUCUCUAAUAUCGGUUCCUUGGCAGUCAAGACUGGUGUUUUAUUGAUUAUAUUUGCUCUCUUUCAGUCCUACUUAGCUAUCGUUUGGAACUUAUCUAUGGUCAUAUCGGUACUAGAGGAAAGUUAUGGGAUCCAAGCUUUGGGGAAAGCUGCAAAGAUUGUGAAAGGGAUGAAGACAAAACUGUUUUUCGUGAAUAUCUUCUUUGGUUUAUUGGCAUUAGGAUUAGCUCAAAUCUUGAGCCUGAUUAUCAAUUUGAGAAGAUCGGUCUCGCUUACCAUAACCACCGGUUUUGUCCUUAUGUGUUUGGUCUUUGUGUGUUUGGUCAUUGCGGUGAGGAUGUUUAUGCUUGUGACUUACACCGUUGCCUAUUUCCAAUGUAAGAGCUUCCAAGGCAAAGACGUUGAAUCGCUGACGGAUGUGGAAUAUACGAAUUUAUCCUCCACUGCUCUCAAGAGAAGGGCAUCCAUGAUAUAUAAAUAUACGUGAAUUGUUUGUUUGUCUUAAGAAUGUUGUAAAGUUCAAUAUGGUUUGGUAAAUUGUUUUGAAUAAUGAAAGGUUCGUUUAUAUA